AAGGUUCUGGGUUCGAUCCGCGGUACCGGAAAAAAAGACUUAAACUGGCAUUCAAAUUUCCUCUAAAGCUGGGCGUUAGAAGAAUUUGAGCAACUCUCACAUCUACACAACCGCGGAUUCUACGAAUAGAGGAACGUCCCUCUCCCCUCCCCUUCCCUUCUGAAGUCCGGGUUUAUUUAUUAAAUUACGACAGUCGUAAACUCGGAUUGCCUCACGGGUUCCUAGCUUUACGACGCAAACAAGUAUGGCGGCUUCCAGUGGCAGAUUUGAGAGUGAGAAGAGUAUCGCAGCGCGUAAGGAACAGACCCGAAUUGCCAGGGCUGAGGUGUUGCGUCAGGCCAAAGCCAAUUUUGAAAAAGAAGAAAGGCAGAAAGAACUUAAACGGCUUCGAGGUGAGGAUACAUGGAUGUUACCUGAUGUGAAUGAGCGAAUCGAACAGUUCUCAAAGGAACAUUCUCCGAAGAAAAAGAAGAAAAAGGAAAAGCAUUCAAAAAAAGUAAAGAAAGAGAAGAAAAAAAAGAGCAAAAAACAGAAAUAUGAAAGAAGUGAAUUAGCUGAUAGUUCAUCAAGCUCUGAGGAUGAGUGGGUGGAGGCUGUUCCAUCCCAGACUCCUGGCAAGGAAAAGGCCUGGAAAGCAAAAGAUGAAAAGUUAGAAAAAGAAGAUGACAGCCCCGUUAUUCAGAGGGAUGAGUGGAUGACUGUUGAUUUCCUGUCUGUUAAAACUGUGUCUUCAUCGUCACUUAAAGCUGAAAAGGAAAUGACAAGGAAAAUAGAGCGAGAAAAAAGCCAAGCACUUGAACAGUCUAAACUACUUGAAAGAGAAUUGAAUCCAUAUUGGAAGGAUGGUGGGACAGGUCUUCCAUCAGAAGACUGUGGUGUAUCAUCAGUUACUAAAGUCUCAGGAAUAGAGGAUGGUGGAUUAAGCUGGCUAAGAAAAUCUUACCAAAGAAUGAAAGAACAAGCUGAAAAACAAAAUAGAAAAUUUGAGGAUAUUGUAGCCGAAAGAUAUGGAUCAAUGGAAAUAUUUCAGUUGAAAUUAGAAGAAGCUGAAAAAACUGCAUCCAAAAAUGAAGAUUCUAGACAAGAACGAUGGAGGAAACCAACGUAUUCAGAUAAAGUACAAAAUAGUCAAGAAAAAAAAUUAGACUUAGUAAAAUAUAAUAAAAGUUCAAGAGAUAAGUGUGGUACAACAGAGAUUGCAGAUAGUACCAAUAAUGAUAAAUUUAGGGGUAGUGAAAGAGACAGGAGAUAUGAGUCUUUAGAAUCACAUAGAAGAGAAUUCAGUCCAAAGCAAAAUCAAGAGUUCACUUCUCCGGGAAAUUUGAGGCCUAAAUUCUUAAGACCAUCUGAUGAUGAUGAACCGUCCUCUCAUAGCAAGGCUAGAGAUUUUGAGCCAUGUAGUUCAUCAACAUUAGUAGCUCAGGGUUCUUUGCAGUGUGGUUUCCGAAAACCCAUGGAAAACAUUGAAGAAAGAUUGACAUUUUGGAGUGGAUCUGAUGGGAGAGGAGACAAGAAACAUUCAAGUAAAAAGCCAUUGGAAACAAUUAGCAGUGCUGAUUCUCGACACAUUCGUAGAGACAUGGGAGAAAAAUUACCAGCUGAGAAUGUGAGAGAUAACCCUCCAACGAGAGAACAUUUGCCGGCCCCAAAGUCUACAUUUGCUGGUCCAGAGGAUGAGUCCGUCUAUAUCCUGAGUGUUGAUGAGAAGAACAAGUUGGGAGCCAAAAUUAUUAAGGCAGAGAUGAUGGGGAAUAUGGAACUGGCUGUAAAACUUAAAGCUCAACUUGAAAAAGCUAAUGAAUUAAAAGAAACUGUAACACAAAUAUCAAAAACAACAGGAGCAGAAAAGAAUGCAGACCAACAAGAAGUGAUCCUUGUCAGAACAGAUGAGUCUGGAAGAGUGUGGCCUGUGAACACACCAGAACCUCUGGAAUCAAAAGCAGGAAGUAGGAAGAGGCACAGGGUUUCUACCCAUGAAGAAAAGGAAAGAGUCAGAUACUUUCAUGAUGAUGAUCGUCUUAGCCUAAAUGAUUUAGUCAAAAAUGAAAAGAUGGGAACAGCAGAAAGUCAAAACAAACUUUUUAUGAGAAUGGCGGCUAAGUUUAUGGGGAAAGCAGAUGGGGAUUAUUAUACUCUGGAUGACAUGUUUGUAUCCAAAGCAGCUGAGAGAGAACAUCUUGGUAAAGAGGAACAAAACCAGAGGAAAAAGGCUAUUGCUGAGCACCAGCGUCUUGUUGCACAGAUGGAAAAAUGUCUGUAUUGUUUUGAUAGCUCUCAAUUUCCCAAGCACCUUAUUGUUGCAAUAGGUGUUAAGGUUUAUUUGUGUUUACCGAACUUCCGAUCUCUUUCUGAGGGACACUGCUUAAUAGUCCCUUUGCAGCAUCAUCGAGCUGCUACCUUACUGGAUGAAGACAUCUGGGAAGAAAUUCAGAUGUUUAGGAAAUCAUUAGUAAAAAUGUUUGAAGAUAAAGGAUUGGACUGCAUCUUUUUAGAAACUAAUAUGAGCAUGAAGAAACAGUAUCAUAUGGUUUAUGAAUGCAUUCCUCUCCCAAAAGAAGUGGGUGAUAUGGCUCCUGUCUAUUUUAAGAAAGCCAUAAUGGAAUCUGAUGAAGAGUGGUCCAUGAACAAGAAAUUGAUUGAUCUUUCUUCAAAAGACAUCAGGAAGUCUGUACCCAGAGGUUUACCUUACUUCUCAGUGGACUUUGGCCUCCAGGGAGGAUUUGCCCAUGUCAUUGAAGAUCACAACAAAUUCCCUUAUUACUUUGGAAAGGAAAUCAUUGGUGGGAUGUUGGAUCUAGAACCAAGACUUUGGAGGAAGGGCAUCCAAGAAAGCUUCGAGGAUCAGAGGAAGAAAGCCCUGCAGUUUGCUCAGUGGUGGAAACCAUAUGACUUCACCAAAAGUAAAAACUGUUGACGUGUAACUCUCAUAUUUAAUUUCCUCUUCAGACUUUUUUUUUCUGUUUAAUUUCCACUGCAUCUCACUAAACAAUGGAGCCUCAGGUCUUACGAAAAAAAAAUAACAACAGCAGGCUGCUCUGGGUCCCUGACACCCGGGCACUGUUGGAUUGUGUUGUUCUUUUCCCUCACCUUCUGGAGACUUCAUUUUAGUGACCGUGGAGUAACAGUAAAUUUACUGGAUGACCUGCUCAUAUUCCUGGUCUGUACCCUCUUGUUCGUGUUCUAAAUAAGUUAAUCUAGAGACAUGUUUCUGAAAGGAUAGCUAGGAAGCCUAGCAAAUUGGUUCUGCUACAAGGUAGUUAAGUUUAUUGCUUGGCUACUUUGUAGUUUAGAAUAAGCUUAUAUAUUCAAUAGUAAUUGAAAUUAAUUUUUAAGGAAUUGUAUACAAGAGCUCUCAGUUUUCUACCAAUACCAUGUAGUAUCACUACUAUUUGCUUUGUUAAAGGAAAAAGAAUAUCCCAAGAAUAUUAAAUAAGUGGUAAUAAAAAUAUGAGUCACAAUUCAAAUUUCUUUUUGUUUCUGGAGUUUUACAUAUUCUUUGAGUUUUAGUGAUUUUAUGAACAACUGUUCUAUAUAACCCAAUUUAUAGUUGUUUGGGGGUUUGUUUGAAAGUUAAAAUUUGUAGCCAAAUCAUUAUUAUUGGUUUAUAUUGAUUAUUACAAAAAUCUUAAAUAAUGAGAGUAUUCUAAAUGUCAGGAGCAUGUCUCUUGACCUUGAUUUAUUUUCACUUUUAAAAAUUGUACAGCUUGAUGGGUUUCAUUUUGGCAGAUUUGUACAUGCACAUACAUUUCAUCUUUCCCAAUCACCCCCUUGCCUAUUUGAUUUUAGGUGCUUAAUUUUUGUUGUUCUCGAUACUUGGUGUUGGAGAAAGCCCUAUAACUUCCAAAAUGUGGCUAUACUGUGAGAGUGUGCCUCUUUUUUUCUUUAUGUGAAAGAUAUGGUUGUGGUAACUUUUUUUCAACAUGUUGUCAGGAAGCUACAUGUAAACAUUUUGUCAUGAAAUGUUGAAUGCUUAAGGGUCAGUGUGAAGCAUAUUCCAGAAUAAUUCAUACCUCUGUAACCAUUCUUUUUUAAUAUCAGCAUCUCAUUAUAGUCUUAAC